ACGCAGGCCGGCGCGCAGACCUUUUUGCUGAAGCUUGGCGCCUAUUGCGCCGCGAUCGCCUGUGUCGGCACCCUCUGGGCGGGCGUGGGCUCGCUGGUCUUUGCGACCAAGGGCGACCUCAAGGACGAGGUCAAGGACCUCCACUCGAAGCUUGACAGGAUAAUCGAGGGCAUGGCCGAGAUCAAUGCGGACGUCGCCGCGCUGAGGGCCAAGAGCGAGGCGCGGAGGCACGCGCCUUGA